GAAUUUGUGACAUGGCUAUAAUACAGAGUUUGUUAUAUAUACACAACAUGUAAACUAGACAUAUAGGCUAUGCAUUCAGAUAGUCUGAACAAACAUUUUCUCGUGUGGUUUAUAAAAAUGCGAAUAAUACGCAGCAAAAUAUAACUUUGAAAUGAAACGCAUCCCAAACUGCCUUACCUCAAAAUCUCGCUGUGCGUCAUGUUACGCCUAUCCGAAAGAUGGCGGUAGAGCGUAAUCAUCCUGGCGCUUUUGAUUCCUCGAGCAAGACUUGAACAGUUUCGCUCCUGAGAAGUAAUGUUCCCGUAAACACGUGGGUUUAUAGAAAAUGCCUGUUGACACAAAACGUAUCCGUGGACCGGAGGAAUCGCAGUCCCCGCUUCUCUUUCUUUCUCCAGACAAAGCUCCCAAGGCCAGCGGCAGGCAAGGCGUCAGGGGGAAUGGAGAAGUGCGGCCGGUGUUCGCGCGCUGCGGGCUGAUCAGCCAGGCUAAAGGCUCUGCGUAUCUCGAGGCUGGCAACACCAAGAUUAUAUGCUCGGUUUACGGGCCGAGAGAAAUUGAACGCAAGGACGAAACAGACAUGAAAACCGGUCGCCUUGUUUGUGACUUUAGGCUCGCGCCGUUUUCAUGUCUAAAACGGGGUGCUUGGAUCCAAGGCAGCGAGGAAAGAGAUCUGUCCCAGACUCUGCUGGAGAGCUUGCAGCCAGGGGUUUGCCUACACAGAUACCCGCGCUCUCAGAUUGAGGUCAAUGUCAUGGUUCUGGAGAACGACGGCUCGAUCCUCGCGCAUGCGGUAACAUGCGCCUCUAUGGCCCUGGCGGAUGGCGGUAUUGAAAUGUAUGAUGUGGUGUUGGGUUGUGCGCUGCGGCAGAAUGGAAACACGUGUCUGGUUGACCCAUCAUACUCAGAGGAGUGCGGGAGCUGGCAGGAGGGUUACGGGGAGAACCAGGGCUGUGUCACCGUGGCUCUGCUUCCCAAUCUGAAUCAAGUGUCUGGUCUGAAUGCGGACGGAGAGAUGCGGGAAGACACACUGGCCGAUGCUGUGAGAACCUGCAUGGAUGGCUGUCACAAACUCUAUCCGGUGCUACAGCAAGCUCUGACGCGGGCUGUGAAGAAGAAAGCUCCUCCACCCGAAAAAUAGACUUUUACUUGCCACAAACCUCAAGUUUUGUUUUGGGCAAAAUAAAUGUAAAUGUAUUGUUUAUGUGCAUCGCUUAUCAUACUUUCUACACUUAAGAGUAGUACUAAUAAAAUAAACGUAUCUGAAGU